AUGGUUCGCGUUUCCGCUGUUGCUGCUAUCCUUGCGAUGGCCCUCUCCGUCACCGCAAAGGUCGAGCCAAACAACGCAGGCGCCAAGUCCGUCGGCCAAGGGAACGGCCAGCAGUUCAUCACAGGAGGUUGCGUUGACAACGCCGAUUGCCAGUCGGCAUGUUGCGCCGGAAACGGGGAUAACAAGGGAGUCUGCUCCAACGAAGUCGCUGCCCUACAAAAUGGCAAGACGGGUUGUGGUUUCAAAGACCCCAAUGCUCAGCAGACCAUUGCGGCUGCAAAGGAACAGGUCAAGAAGCAAGGUUUCUAA